AUGCCAUUGCCUAAUAGUGGAACAAUAUCAUUUCUUAAAAGUUUUUUAUGCAAUACAAAUGUUUCAUGUCGAUUAAAAGCAUUUGAUAUGAAUUCAGCAUCAUUAAAAGAUGAUAUUACACCUGUGUACGAUAAUUUUCAAAUAUUAGCGAGAACACCACAUUUAAUGGAAAAUUUAGAAAAUAUUCCUCGUGCAACAGAAGCAUUGAGUCAUAUUAAUAAUGCAUUGAAUGAUACAUUUCUACAAAAAUUAAUUGAUGGUCAAUUUUUUGUUCGUGAUUUAUUUACAAAUACUAAUAUAUUUGAAAAAAGUUUAUUAGCAACAGGAAUGCCACCACACAUUAUCACCGGUCUAUUAAAUGCCUCAUUUGAUUUUGUUCAAAUUUACAAAACAUUCAAUGAUACUGUUGAUUUUGAACCUGUUUGUAGUCAACAAUUAUUAAUUAAUUUUUUAACUAUUGAUGGUAUUAAUAAUUCAACAGAUGUUAUUCAAGUUUUAUGCAGUUUAGAAUUAAAAGAUUUACUAAUGGAUAUGGAUUAUUUUCUAUCGGAAAUUGAUAAUGAAACAGUCAUCAAUUAUUUUCAAAAUAUUUCUCGUAUAUUUACCGGUGAAGAAAUUCAAAGUAAAAUUGAUCAAUUAAUGCCACUGUUUAACAAUGUUGAUCAAUUAACACUUUAUGCAAAAUUAUUUAAAAAUAUGCCAAAUAUGAAUGAAAUAAUUACAAUUAUUCCAAAAUUAAUUCGUAUUAUUGAAUUAAUGCAAAAUCAUAAAGAUAUGUUAAUAUUGGCAUCACAAAUAUUGGGAGAUUUAUAUGUUGUUAGUGGUGAAAAAAUUAUACAUCAAUUGUAUGAAAUAACUCAUUUGGUGAUCGAUAUUUUACAACGAUAUGAUAAUAUGAGUCAAUCAUUGACAACCGAACAAUUAUUUUCUUCCACACCGUUCUUUCAACCAUUAUUCAAUAAUCGAACAUUCAACAUGAUUAUACAAACAUUUCUUACCGUAGGAAAAAUUGAUGAAUCUCAUAUUAAUACAUCACGAAUUAACUAUGCCACCUUAGCUGAAUUUAUUGUUGGUAAUUUAACAACAACAAAUCAUUAUCAUCUAUUUUGUACGAAACCCGGUUUUUGGUCAUUAUUCAUUCUCGAUCGUGAGACAGAAAUAGUAUUGAAAACUCGUGUACAAACAUAUUGUGGUUCACGAAAUAAUAUCGAAGAAAUUUAUAGACUAUUAAUGAUUAGUAUACGUUUUGAACAGUUAUUUCUCUAUUAUUCUGAUAUGACUAUUUCACCAUUGGCUAUAGAAGGCAUAAAAAAUAUUUUUAUAACUAUGUCAAAUAUGGGAACAUUAGAAAAUGAUGUACGUUUAGCAAUGGAAGGUUUAUCAGCAGUGAGUUUACUAUUAAGUAAAACAAAAGUAUCCGGUUUAAAUUUAUUGGCAACGUAUACAUUUUUAAAACAAAUGAUUGAAACAUUUAAUCCAAAUUUAGUAAAAGGCGACAUAUUUAAUUUUUUAAAUACGUUUAUACCUAUUGCUAGUCCAUUUUUUAAUAUUGAUAAUAUUAUUUCAACAUUUGCUGGUAUACCACCAGGAACAAUUGAUAAUAUUGUAAACAAUCUUAAUCAAUUAAAUAAUAUAUUAACAACGCCACCAAUUGUAAAACUGGUACCUACAACAAAUCGAUCACUAGUAACAACGGUAAAAAAUAUAAUAGCAACAAGUUCUCGAAUGCCUGCCACCUAUGUCAAUUGGUCAGCACUUUCACCCGUUAACUGGUAUCCAUCAGGUGUGUACGUUUCAAAAACUGAUGUACCAAAAAGUUUAGAAGAUUAUAGUCUAUGGUUAAAAAGACAAAAACGACAAAUUAAUAUACUAGGUGGUUUAUCAUCGUUACUUGGACAAAAUCAAAAUGUUGGUGGACCAAUUGUUUCAAAUCUACCUGGUCUAUUAUCUUUGUUCAAUGGCAUAUCACCAGAUAUUUUACAAACACUUUGUAUAAUACCCAUUGAACAAUUUUUACCAAAAGAUGAUCCAGUACUAAGUUAUAUAUUUGGUGCAGCACGUUUACUUGAAAUAAUAAAUAAUUUUAUUACAAUGAUAACAUCUACAAAUAAAAUACAAUGUUUUAAUGAUCCAAAUAAAGAUUAUCAAGCUAUAUCAACAUUUUUAAGAUUAAAUAAUACAGCCGGUUUGAUUCGUGAAUUAAUUCAAAAUGGUUUUAAAUCAACAUUUAGUUGUAGUUUAAUAAUUGAUGUUAUUAAAAAUAUUCAAUUAUAUCAAAAUCUUGUACAAACAUUACAACAAAAUACGAUAACAAUUGAAACAUUAAAUUGUUUACAACAAACUCUAUUACAAACACUUGAACGUUUAAAAACAGUACCUGGUCUUCUACGUUUUAUAUUUGAUGAUGGUAAAUUAAUAAGUGUUAUAAAACAAGUACAACCACUUUUACAAAUAUUACAACCAAUGUUAGCCGGUGCACCAAAAUUUGUUCAAUUAAAUGAUAUGAUUGAUAAUUCAAAAUAUCUUACAACAUUUAUUAAUUCAAAACAUAAUAUGACAUCGCUUGAAAAAUGGUAUUUUAAUACACGUUUAUCUCACUCAAAAUCAUUCGAAGAUUGGUCAUCAAUAUUUUGUAAUGUAUCAGUAUUACAAUAUUAUCUGGUAUCAUUUGAUGAAACAUUGAAUGAUAUUGUUUUAUCAUUAUGUCGAACAAGUCCUGUGUACACUCAAGCAUACAAAGAUUUUAUGAUGCAAUAUAAUACAACAAUUCAAUUGAAACGUUUUGCUGGUUUGGAUAUACUUCGUAUAAUCGAAGAAAUUCCAUCUAUCACAAACGAUUUUAAUAGUUUAUAUCAAGAAACACAAUGGUUUUCCGAAUUGCUAAAUAAAUUUGAUGUGAAUGGAUUACCAGCUGAUAUUUACAAACAAUUUGUUGAAUUUACAUCUCAAAUAGAAAAUAUUGAAUAUUUACAAUACAAUAUGUCGAAACUUGUUGAAAAAUAUUUUUGGGCAUUACCCGAUGAAGACACACAAUUAUUAUUCUUAGGAAUUAUUAAUGGACUUAAAAUUGUUCAUGAUGUUGCUAUUACAUUAAAAAAUAGUUUUUCUGGAUUACCAUUGGAAAAAGUGUUUAAAAGUUUUUCAAAGAUAAUGACAAAAUUGAGUCGUGACUAUAAAGUACCACCCAAUAUCAUUCGUCUCUUACAGAGUGCAAGAUUAUUCAAGGAUCCACUUAUUGUAUUUAAUAUUUUUUCAAAUUUUCAAACAACUGUUUGUAAUCCAUCAUUACUGAACGAUACAAUUCAUAAAGCUUGGCCAUAUUUAAAAUUUGACAAAAAUUUUGAUUACAAAACUUUAUCAGAUUUUGCUUGUAGCAUAUCGUUUGAUAGACGAAAUGAUGUUAUUAAAGCCGUAGUAAAACAUUUUUUACUACCAGAUAAAUUAAAAAUGUUUGCACAACAUGGUGGCGGUUAUUUAAAAGAAUUAAUGAAUUUAGAUGGUGAUGAAGUUUAUCUAUUUAGACAAGUAGAACCAAUAAUGAAAAAUAUUAAUCAAUUAAUAGCACGUGUAGAAAAAUUAAAUCAUGAUGAAUUUUCUCAAAUACAAAAUAUAUUUUGUGCUGAAGAGGAUAGACGUGGUGAACCAUCUUUAAAUCGUCAAGCAAUCGAUCAGAGUAGUGCAAAUGGAUUAUUAGGUACAAUGAAUUCAACAAAUCCUAAGACUGAUGAUAAUAAUAAUGAUAAUCCAGUUGAUUGUCAGGAUAUUCAACGUAAAAUUCAAAAUGGUAAUGAUCUUGGCUAUAUCAUUUGGCCCUUACUCAAACCACUAUUAGUUGGAAAAAUUUUGUAUGCACCGGCAACAGCCGUAUCUCAUCGUAUUAUUGAGAAAGUGAAUAAAACAUUUGAAGAGUUAGACAAACUCCAUCAAUUUGCUCGAGCAUGGGUAAAUUCACAGUUAAAUUUGACUUUAUUAUCAGAAAAUGUUCAAAAUACAAAUAAUAUCAAAAAAGUAUUAUCAAAUCAAUUAUUUCAAGAAUUAAUUGGAAAUAUUGUUGAUAUGAAUUCAUACGAUUUAAAUUCAAUAAUGACAAUGUUAGAAAGUUUUAGUGGUUCAAAAAAUGAACAUGUUCUACAUAAUGUUGAGUCAUUGAUGAGACAAUUUGCCAAUUAUUUACCGUGCCUUGAAUUAAAUCGUUUUGAAGCAUUCGAAACAGAAGGCGAACUUGUUGAACGUGCACAAAUAUUACAUAGAAAUCGUCUUGUGUUAGCUGGAAUUGUAUUUUCAAAUUUGAACAGUUCAAAUGGAAAUUAUUUUCCACCACAUAUUCAUAUAAAAAUUCGAAUGGAUGUAGACAGUGUUCGAACCACAGAACAAUUGAGAAGCUGGUUAUUUGUUCCUGGUCCAGAAACCGAAUAUUUCCGUGAAAUGCAUUAUUUACGUGGUUUUAUACAAUUACAAGAUCUCAUUGAACGAGCCGUUAUUGAUCUUCAUUUUGAUGAAAAUCCUUCAACAAAACCGAAUCCGACUGUCUACAUGCAAUUGAUGCCAUAUCCAUGUUAUAAAGGAGAUCAAGGAAAAGAAUCAGCAUAUGUUAAUUAUUUUAUAUUACCAAUAUUAGGCACACUAAUGUGGACAGCAACAUUGGGAGUAUCAAUUAAAAAUUUAAUGCGUGAAAGAGAAAGAAAUGUUGAAAGAACAAUGAAAAUAAUGGGUUUAAGUAGUUCAGUUAAUUUUAUUUCAUGGUUAAUAAGUUCAAUAUUACCAAUGAUUUUUGUUUCAAUUAUUGUGGCAGUUGUUUUAAAAUAUGGUGGAAUAUUUCCAGCAUCCGAUUUAAGUAUCGUUAUAACAACACUUUUAAUUCUAGCAAUAUCAGCACUCAUGCUAGGUUAUCUUGUCAGUUCAUUUUUUACAAAAGCAAAUUUAGCAACAUUAUGUGGCAUAUUAGUUUAUUUUAUAUCCUAUUUACCGUUCAUAUUAGUCAUGUUUCUAGAAGCAAAAAUGCAAUUAGUACAAAAAAUAUUUAUCUGUCUAUCAGCUGCAACAGCAUUUGGAUAUUCAUCCGUCUAUUUAACACGUUUUGAAUAUCAGGGCGAAGGUCUUCAAUGGUCAGGAAUUUUCAAAUCAAUAAUUCCAAAUGAUAGUAUGAAUUUUUUUAUCGCUUGUGUUAUGAUGUUGGUAGACUCUCUUAUCUACGGAUUAAUUGGACAAUAUAUUAGAUCAAUAUUUCCAGGUAAAAAUGGUACUCCCAAACCGUUUUAUUAUCCAUUUUUACCGUCAACAUGGCGAUGUGGUGCAAAAGCAAAAGCAAAAAAAUCAUUUCAUAUUACUCGUGAAACAAAUCCAUAUAUAGCAAAAAUUAAACAAAUUGAUCCUAAUAAUGAAAAAGAGCCGGAACAUUUACCCGUAGGUAUUGCAUUAACAAAUCUAACAAAACAAUUUGGCAAAGAUAAAAUAGCCAUACAAAAUUUAUCAAUCAAUUUUUAUGAAGAACAUAUAACAGCAUUACUAGGACAUAAUGGUGCCGGUAAAACAACAACAAUCAAUGUUUUAACAGGAAUUUAUGCACCGACUAGUGGUAAUGCAAGUAUUUAUGGACGAGAUAUAACAACAGACUAUGAGCAAAUAAGAAAAAAUGUUGGAUUAUGCCCACAAGAUGAUAUAUUAUUUGAUUUUAUGACUGUUAGAGAACAUUUAAAUUUCUAUGGAAAACUGAAGGGAAAUAUGAGUUCUAAAGAAUUAGACCGUGAUGUUAACGAAUUACUCUCUAGCAUGGGUCUAUGGUUAUUUCAACAUGAACGGGUUCUCUCUCUAAGUGGCGGAGUUAGACGACGUGUUUCAGUAGCGAUUGCUUUUGUUGCUGGAAGUAAAACUGUAAUUCUUGAUGAGCCAACAUCAGGAGUUGAUCCAUGUGCUCGAAGAAGUAUUUGGGAAGUGAUUUUUAAACAUCGUACGGGGCGUACAAUUUUACUGACCACACAUUAUUUAGAUGAAGCUGAUACGUUAAGUGAUCGUAUAGCAAUUGUCCAUCAAGGUCGAGUUUUAUGUUCUGGAUCGCCCAUGUUUCUAAAAAAACGUUUUGGCAAAGGCUAUAGUUUAACAAUUGAUCUUAAAUUAAAAAUGAGCAAAAACAAAGAAGUCGAUCCAAAACCAUUUAAAAAUUUACAUGAUUUUAUCAUACAAGAAAUUCCGGAUGCCACUAUACGAGAACAAAUGGGAACAGAGAUAACUUACUGUUUACAGUUAGAUCAACGGACAAAAUUUCAACAAUUUUUCAAACAAAUAGAAAUAAAUAAAGAACUUCUACUAAUCAAUAACUAUGGUUUAUCGGAUACAACAUUGGAAGAAGUCUUUUUAUGGGUAACCGAAUUGGCUGAUCGUGGUAAGAUGGAAGAACUUUUUGAAAAUGGAAAUGUUAAUAAAUCAACAGAACACGGUUUAUCAUCGUCCGAAAGCGAUGAUUCUGGUCUUGGAGUUGAUUCGAAUGGUACUCUCGAUGGCGUUUCAUCGAUUAGUGAUGGAGGUAGUAGUGGUUCAACUAAACAAUCAUCUUCAUCAAUUACUACUGCAACAACACCAACAAAUGCAUCUUUAACAAAAUUAUGUGUACCCACUCGACGAUUAGUUGGAAAAAAAUUAUAUUUUCAACAAUUUCAAGCUUUAUUCCUUAAACGUAUUCAUCAUACCAAACGUAAUUGGAAAGUAUUUAUAUCACACAUUAUCUUACCACUCAUCUUUGUUGCUAUGUCAAUGGGAUUCACAUUAGUUCGACCAUCACAAAGCUAUCAACGUUCACUAUUAAUGACACCAGCCAUGUACGAUCCAUCGAAUAUGUUCACCAAAAUAUAG